CUCUGCCGGCUCCUGAGCAGUCCCGAACUUUUCCUCCGCCUGCCCAGCGCCUCCGCCUCCGCCUUCCUCGCCUUGGCAAGCGGGGCUCACUCAGCCCGGAGCUCGCAGAAGGAGCGCGGCGGGGCUCCCAGCUCGCACCUCCGCGGAUCGCGGUCCCCUCUUACCUCCUCCUCCUCGUCCUCCGGAGUUCCCCUCCUUACCUCCCACCCACCCAGAAAGAAGAGGUCCCCCCCCGCGGAGUCCCUCGCGCGUGGGGAAGGGGGUCUCUCCCUGCGUUCGUGGGGGAAGACCAAAAAAACACCUCUGAAUUUUUAAAAAAAAUAUAUAUAUAGAUCUUAUUUUGGGGAGUGGGGGGAGCCGGGAUCGGCAGUGCGGAGAAACCCGCGCGGGAUGGGCUAUCGGUACCCACCUGCCUGAUCGUUGUUACCAUCACUUUUCAACCCAGACCAAACUGCUUUCAAGAAGAAAACUUUCGGCGCCCUUAAAAGCUGCGGCAGAGAUCCUUGCUCAUCAUGGUGGCAUUGCCAGGCUUUCUCCUACUCCUAUGGAUAGUAAAAGGAGUUGUGCCCUCACAUCCUCAUGGGAAGCCAACUUGGCCAACCUACAAGGUGCCUGUCGUUCUACCCCAGUUAACAAUCCCUUUGGACAAGCCACAUUUUGAUGCAGAAGCCCAGCUGGAAGUGAUCUCCCCAUGUGGCCCAUCAUGCCACAAACGCUCCCCACUCCCAACGUAUGAAGAAGUGAAAGAUUAUUUGUCCUAUGAGACGCUGUACUCCAAUGGAUCCCGCACCGAAACCGAGGUCGGCAUCUACAUUGUUAGCAGGGCCAGCACAGGGGAGCAGAGCCGAUCGCGGACAAAGAGACAAAUCUAUGGCUAUGACACGAGAUUUAGCAUUUUUGGCAAGGACUUCUUGCUGAAUUACCCGUUUUCUACUUCUGUGAAGUUGUCCACAGGGUGCACCGGAACGUUAGUGGCUGAAAAACACGUCUUGACGGCUGCUCAUUGCAUCCACGAUGGGAAGAGUUACGUCAAGGGAGCCAAGAAGCUACGGGUUGGGUUCCUGAGACCCAAGCCGAAAGAUGGCGUCAAAAGGACCAACAACAGUAGCGCCCCUGAGCCCGAGAAAAUGAAGUUCCAGUGGAUCCGGGUGAAACGGACACAUGUUCCUAAAGGAUGGAUCAAAGGGAACGCUAACGACAUUGGCAUGGAUUAUGACUAUGCCCUGUUGGAGCUCAAGAAACCCCAUAAGCGAAAGUUCAUGAAGAUUGGAGUGAGCCCAGCAGCACGUCAACUGCCCAAAGGAAGAAUUCACUUCUCAGGCUACGACAACGAUCGGCCUGGAAACUUGGUGUACCGGUUCUGUGAUGUCAAAGACGAAACGUACGAUCUCUUGUAUCAGCAGUGCGACGCCCAGCCGGGGGCCAGCGGUUCCGGAGUCUACGUGAGGAUGUGGAAGAGACAGAAUCACAAAUGGGAGCGUAAGAUUAUAGGGAUAUUCUCCGGGCACCAGUGGGUGGACACCAAUGGAUCCCCCCAGGAUUUCAACGUGGCCGUUCGUAUCACACCCCUCAAAUACGCACAGAUUUGUUUCUGGAUCACGGGGAACUACCAACAGUGUAGAGAUGGAUAGAGCCAAUGGGUGUCCCAGAGAGGGUUCAGCGGCUUGCUGGGGAGGGGAAGGGAAAGGGAGAGGCAUGGUGGAAAGUGUACGCUCAACUGUUCUGUGGGCCCAGUUCUGUUUUUAGAAAUGCCAAGGUGCAGGAGUUGACCAAGAGCUCAACCAGGUUAGUGUUUGGCGAUAAGCACGGUGUCCACCCCAUGACACAGAUCCUGGACCCUUUGCAUAGUUUUCGCCUUAGGAUAAGCAAUAGCUGAGGUAAAAGGGGUGGGGCUGAAGCAAAGUAUCCGUAUCUCCCCUUUUGCACCCUUUUUUAGGAUGGGCCAUCGUUUGCCAACGGGGAUGCUGAUUGGCCGGUUCUUACACAAUUCACGUAGCGCAGGAUUGGCCAGGUCUGAUAGGAAGAUAACUGAAGAGAGACACAGGCAUCUGUACUUACAUCCAGGGAUGCCAAAAUAGCAAAUAGAGGAUUGGGACAUCACAGUGCAAGCUCUGCACUUCUGGGUGUGUGUUGUAUCAUCAGUUAUUAGUCUAUAAGGCAUUAAUUUAUUUUGGGAUGUCAUGACACACUUUUCACCAUUUCCCCUUCCUCUGUGGUUGGAGAUUUUCCACAGUGGUGCCCCUCCUCCUCCUCCUCCUCUGUGAUUGGAGAUUUUCCACAGUGGUCCUUCUCUUUCUCCUUCUCCUUCUCUUUCUCCUUCUCCUUCUCCACCUCCUUUCUGCAUUCCUCCUUCCUCUAUGGUUGGAGAUUUCCCACAAUGGUCCUCCUCCUCCUCCUCCUCCUCCUCCUCCUUUCAGCAUUCCUCCUUCCUUUGUGGUUGGAGAUUUCCCACAAUCCUCCUCCUCCAUUCACCAUUUCUCCUUCCUCUGUAGUUGGAGAUUUUCCACAGUGGUCCUUCUCCUUCUCCUUCUCCUUCUCCUUCUCCUUCUCCUUCUCCUUCUCCUUCUCCUUCCCCUUCUCUUUCUCCUCCUUCUCCUUCUCCUUCUCCUUCUCCACCUCCUUUCAGCAUUCCUGAAUGACUAUAACUUGUUGCUGGCAAUCCUUAUGAUUUAUAUUGAUAUAUUGACCAUCAAUUGUGUUGUAAAUGUUGUACCUUGAUGAACGUAUCUUUUCUUUUAUGUACACUGAGAGCAUAUGCACCAAGACAAAUUCCUUGUGUGUCCAAUCACACUUGGCCAAUAAAAUUCUAUUCUAUUCUAUUCUAUUCUAUUCUAUUCUAUUCUCUGUAGUUGGAGAUUUUCCACAGUGGUCCUUCUCCUUCUCUUUCUCCUUCUCCUCCUUUCUGCAUUCCUCCUUUCUCCUUUCUCUGUGGUUGGAGAUUUCCCACAAUCCUCCUCCUCCAGUCACCAUUUCUCCUUCCUCUGUAGUUGGAGAUUUUCCACAGUGGUCCUUCUCCUUCUCCUUCUCCUCCUCUUCUUCCUCCUCCUCCUUUCAGCAUUCCUCCUUCCUCUGUAGUUGGAGAUUUCCCACAGUCAUCGUCCCUCUCCCUUCCCCCUCCCCCUCCCCCAUUCUUCAAUUCCCAAUAAGAAUCAAUGAGAGGUAGAAAGGGGAUGCCAAAAAGUGCUUGAAAAGCAAAAGACAAGAGGAACUUACGCUGGUAUUCUUCUAAAAGAAGCCGUCAACAAAAUACGAACCUUUGACCAAAUUGAGUGGUAGAACGCCAUUCCUUUCUCUGCUUUCUUUUUUAAGGGCCUAUCAAAAUAUGAGAUCUGGAUGUGCAUUAGCUUUCUCCAAGGGUCAUGUUAGCAAUACGUCCAGUACGGUAUCGAAACACCUACUUGAUCACGAGACCAUGGGAUGCUGCAACGGUUGUAAAUGUAAGCAACGCUCAUAUGUCACUUUUUUCAGUGUCGUUGUAACUUUGAACAGUCACUAAAUGAACUGUUUUAAGCCAAGGACUACCUGUACUGCAUCAGAACGGGACACUCAAAUACCCUUAGAAUGGGACACUUUAAUACCCACAGUACCCCUCUCUGCAUUGCACGAAAUCUGUUUCCUUUAUUUCUAAGCAUUUAGAAAUGUAUUGCGCCGCACCCUGAAGCCCUCCUGGUUUGAAACAUGACCCAAAAGGUCGAAGACAAGUUGGCCAAUAAUAGGACCUUGUAAAUAUUUAUAAACCUUCGCUAGAAAUGGAAACAUGCAUUGUAAUUCUACUUAUUUUGUAAGGAAGUUCAAAUACAGCACGUGUUUAACACCU